CAAAUACCCGACAAGAGACUGCUUCCAGAGCUGAAUAGAUCAGACUUGUCAUCCUCAACACUUUAUUCAUUAGACAAAGAAAAAGGCGCACUUACCGCACCCACAAUGUCCAACUACGAACAGAUCGCAAAGCAGGCCGAGCAGGACCUGAACACCUACCAGGCCAAGACUGGCAACGCCCGACGUCAAGAUGCGGACAAUGCUGGCGUGAACCCCCUUGUUGAGAAUCAGUUUGAGGGAGCUCAGGUCGAGUUUGGCGAUGAGCUUAGCACAAACCGAGGCUACGACAAGCGCAUCCCUCCUAGUGAGGGCGGUAUCCUCGACGAUCGAGGCCGACAAGCUCGUGGAGAGCAAUAUGAGGGCGAGGGAGGCCCUAUCGACAAGCUUAACCAGUCGUACCAGAAGCAGGGUGGCCAGAACGACAAUGAUGUUGUCGGUGGUCGCGUGCCCCAGACCUCAGGCUUGGGCAGUGCUAAAGAUAUCGCAUCUCAGGGCCAGGAGGCGACGCGCGCAAAUGUCGGUCGAAAUCCUCCCGGCCCUGGCGGUUCUCAGUUCAAGGGCGAGGACUAUUACCAGCCCGAGAGCGUGCCUGACAGCAUCUCGGCUGAGGGUUGGGUUGCGCCCGAUAGUGUGACGCAGGCGAGCAAGGAGAGUGAGCGACCGUAG